AUGAUUAACGAACCUAAAAGUAAGCAGAGCGAUUCUAAAUUAUGUCUGUCAUCAACGUUGGAAAAGCUUAUUCGAAAAAUUCUUAGCUUUUUUAGACCUACAUGUUAUAAGGAAGACGAACAAGAAAAUGGUGCGCGAAAAACGCACUCUAGUCGGCUUCACACCUCAUUCGUCAUAGUCUCCCGAAUAAGUGACAAUGAAUCUGCACAUGUGCAAUGUUUAUUUUUAGCAUACUACGUAGUUUUCUCUCAUUCGCUAGCAUUCGUCGCAGUAGCUAGAAUAAGUGCAGCUACCGCAGCGAAUAGGAAUGUAUUAACCAAUGAGAUUUCGAAAUACAAUUUCAAAACCAGCUGUAAAAUUUCAAAAUGGACCAAGGAGGAUGAGAAGGUCGGCCCUGUUUGUGAAGAAAGAAAACCAUGCAAGUCCAGAAAAUGUGUGGAUACAUGUGAUGAUGCAGGCUUCAAAUGUGAACCUACCUUUUUGGGCGAUUGGAUUUUAUUGAAACACAAUGUCUGCUUUGGAGCACAUGAAAACGAGUUUGGAACAAUUAAAUUACAACAUGACGCAGUAAUGACUAACAUAAAAUUGGUACAUGUUGGUGGACCUGGUUUAACGUGCGUACGAGGCACACCACUAACAAAGUGGGGAUGUGAUUACGGGGGCGUUUUUGUUACGGAAAAUGUUGCGGCUGUCAUUACAGAUGACCAAAACAACCUACUCUAUCCAUCUACGGAAUAUUAUCUCAGUAACGGAUUCUUUAAUGUACCAGGAUACAACGCGAAGUCCCCCUAUCUCAUCUUCCAUGCAGCAAGUCACACUGUUCACAAAGGACAGGAGCUGAGAUUGCAUUAUGGUGAUACUCUGUUUGAUGGAUACCUCUCUAAUAACAGUGGUGAAUCAUGCGCAGAUGUAUAUGCGAAAUUUUAUGACGAAUAAUUGUUUUUGUGAAUGAUGAAGUUCUCUUCAAACUAAAUAGACAAAUAACAUUCCUGUUUGAUUGAAUACUUUUCGUUAAAUUCGAUGAAUAUAGAUGCACACGAGUUAAAAAAAAGUCGGUUAGAAGAAGAAACACUUUUAAAUCCAAGUAUUUUACAAUCUUAUUAUUACAAAAAUAUUACCAAUAAAAAUUAGUAACAACAGCUGCCAAUUUUUAAUGAGACAUUCGGGAUUAUGCAACUGAACUUUUAACGACGCUCAGGCGAGUCUUAAUGUCUUAUGGUAAUUUUGAUGUCCCAUUAAACCGUGAUAUUUGUGAUUUUUCUUUUAUUUAUCCAGUAGUGCAUUUUUCUACUAGAUAUAAAAUGUACAAUAGUUGCACGAGGUUAUAAAAUAUAUUCCUAAAAUUCAGCAGUUUCUU